AAAAUGUAGAGGGAGAAAAAUUAUAAUACUCUCGGAGUACUAAGCCUUUAGAUACUCCUUCCAUUUAUUUUAUGCCAUUUGGACUACUCAUCAGCAAACAAUCUAAACACCUCUUCUCUUUCUUCCCACGGGAAAAAUAAAAAUAAAAAUAAAAAUAAAAACAGAGUUAGAGACAUGAAAGCCUCCCAACCAACCUUUGGAAAACCAAAACUAACCUUUGGGUAACAAAAGCCAACCCAGAUCUUUGAUUAUGGCUUUGGGUUAAGUUAUAAAUCUCAUUUUUCAUGAUUAAGUUUUCUUUUUUCAACUUGGUGUCGGACUCUUGGAAAAGUGGAGCUGUGCCUAUAAAUUUGAGAGAGAGAGGAUUGAUUAGUAUUUCAGAUUGCCCAAAAUUGCAACGGAGGACUUCAGAUUGGAUAUUGGUAACGUUGAAAGAAAUUGAAGCGUUUACUUCUGUAUUUGCUAAAGCUCGUCAACACUCAGGCAAGAACAAUUCUUGUUAGGCUGUUAUGCCCGAUAUUUUUGGUGUUUUCUGUCUCUCUCUUCUCCAUUAUACGCCCUGUUGAUUCAAGAUUUCAUAGGAUAUCACCGUUCAAGAUCGGUUCUUUUUUUUGACUAAAAGAAAAAAAAAAGAUUGGUUUUUUCUUACCCAGGGUUUUGCUUCUUGGAAACAACAUUUGAAUUGAAAGCAUUUUCACUUCCAACAUCCAACUGCAGCACUGCAAAAAGACCCUAAUUAAGCCUUGACUCUGCCUUGGACUGGAUGGAUAAGGUAGUGGAAGAGGUAGAGAAGGCAAAGAAGGAGUGGGAUGAGACUUACUCUAAGGUGGUGGAGCAAAUAAAGGCAAUAGAGGGUUAUGCAAAAUCUGUUGGGGUGGAGAAGAAAGAUUCACUACCUAGAAUGAAUGGUCUUGCACAAGAUGGCUUGGCUUUGCUUAAUUCUUUGCAGUUUAAGCUUGAUCUACUUGCCCCACAGUUGCCCACUGACGAACAGGCCAAAUCUGCUAAGUCGUUGCUUGAGUCUUGGAAAAACCAAUCCCAAAGUUUGAGGUUGAGUCUAAGGAAUGCCAAUUUACAAGCAAAGGCUAACAUGAGGAAAGCUGCUCAGGAAGAGAGAGAACUUCUUCUUGGUGGUGGAGGAGAGUCCACAAUUCGCAGACGAAACUUACAGACAAAGGCUGGUAUGACAUCCGCUGCAGAAAGCAUCACAGAGAGCCUUCGACGUACACGUCAACUGAUGGUUCAGGAAGUGGAAAGAAGCGCAAGCACACUCAUGACUUUUGACGAAUCAACAGGAGUUUUAAAGAAGGCUGAAAGUGAAUACAAGGGCCACCGCUCGUUGUUGAUGCGAACCAGAAACCUACUCUCCACGAUGCAACGACAAGAUGUCAUGGAUAGGAUCAUACUUGCAGUUGGAUUUUUCUUGUUCGCUUGUGCUGUUCUUUAUGUUGUUUCGAAGCGCAUCGGUAUACUAAGAUUGCAGAGGACUGUCACGGCUGCCUUUAAGGCUGGUGUCCGACAAGCAGAUUUUGGACGUAGACCUGUUGAAAAUGGUGUAAAUCCUGCGCAGAUUCUUGAGAAUGCGGUUCAUAAGGUGGAAGUUCCAUUGGAAAGAGCUAUGCAUGAUGAACUUUGAAAUAUUGUAUUUUUUUUUUUCCCCCUAUAUUACAAAUGUAUUAUUUUUUUCUAAUGGGGUAUUUGGAUAGUAAUAAAAUUAGUGAGAAUUUAAAAUUCUAUAGGAAAGUGAAAUUUUCUCUAAACAUUUGUGGAUCUCAGUGGAAAAUAAAUCUCGUAGUGUAGAAAAUUAAUAGGGAAAGUGGAUCCUAUUAAAAAUGUGUCAUUUUAAAAUUCCCUAAUAAACUAAUAUUAUGUAUUUUUUUAA